AUGGUGCAAGAAGAGGCCAUCUCGGCAAGCCGGAUUUCCAUGGUUACCACGGCUCGCUACCGAUACGCCUCAAACAUAGUGUACAUUUUUGCUGGGGAGACACAGACACCAAAUCAUUCCUGCACAACAGCCCAGAGCGGUGGGCUGCAGCUGAGCCCCGUGCUGGUCCCUGCCUGGGGCACCAAGGUGACAGCAGGGACUAAUCCAGCUGCUUCAGCACAAUGGGCAAAAAUCUGCUCAAGUCAACCUGCAAACAAAAUCAGAGGCUGUGACUCCCAGGGCUGCGGUGGAUACAAUGACCCCAGAGGAUCGAAGCAGCACAGGGGAGUGGACGUGGUGUGCCAGGACGGCUCGGUGGUGUACGCGCCCUUCACGGGGAAGAUCGACAAACAAGCCAGGCCCUACGGCAACGGCAACGCCAUCGACAACGGACUCCAGCUUUCAGGAUCAGGAUUCUGCAUUAAGAUGUUUUACAUCAAACCUGUCAAGUACAGUGGCCCCGUCAAGAGGGGAGAGGAAAUCGGCGUCCUGCUGCCCAUGCAAAGGGUCUACCGGGGAAUUACGUCCCAUGUCCACAUCCAGAACUGUGACUUAACAGAUCCUACGCGCAAUCUACACAGUGGUAAAGGAAAGCACACAGGUGUAGAUGUCAUCUGUGCUGACGGAGCGACAGUGUACGCUCCUUUCAGCGGCCAGCUCUCUGGACCCAUUCGAAUCUUUCAUAAUGGAAACGCCAUUGAUGAUGGAGUCCAAAUCACCGGAUCAGGUUACUGUGUAAAGCUUGUCUGUAUUCACCCCAUCCGAUACCACGGCCAAAUCCAGCGAGGGCAACAACUGGGAAGGAUGCUACCAAUGCAAAAAGUAUUUCCUGGCAUUAUCUCUCACAUCCAUGUUGAGAACUGUGACCACUCUGAUCCUACUCAACAACUUACACCUGUUGUUCCACCAUUCCCACAACAAGACAGCCGCUGGGCAACACUGUGCUCCGGGAAUCCUACAAACGAGAUAAGAGGCUGUGAUAGAUAUGGCUGCGGAUACUACGGAGCUCCAAGACAAAAUGGUAAAGGAAAGCACAGGGGUGUGGAUGUCAUCUGCAGUGAUGGAGCAACCGUGUACGCUCCCUUUUCUGGCCAGCUCUCCGGACCCAUUAAAAUCUUCCACAAUGGAAAUGCCAUUGAUGAUGGAGUCCAAAUCAGGGGAUCAGGCUUCUGUGUGAAACUAGUCUGCAUCCAUCCCAUCAGAUACAGUGGUACAAUUUCUAAGGGACAAGUCCUCGGGAGAAUGCUGCCAAUGCAAAGAGUGUUCCCUGGGAUCACAUCUCAUAUUCACGUGGAGAACUGCGAUCGCUCAGAUCCUACUAGCAAUCUUGAAAAGGGGAAAUGGCAAAGAGAGUGA